AACACGGAAGCUAGACAUUUUUAAACAAAACAAAACAGAUUUUAGUUAAUCAUAGCCAAGGUUAUAAUUAAGUAAAUCGUGUUAUUAACUGAACAAUUUACAUGCAUAUUUUAUCCUUUUUUUUUUACAGUAUAUAUAUAUAUAUAUUUUUUUUUUUUACGUUGGUCGUAUUUUGUUUUGAAAUUACCGGAUGUCUGUGUAUGUUUUAACUGUGCUAGCUUGCCAGACCGAGGACCGCUUCUCUGCCUCAGCCGAAGAACAAACCGACGCAGCUGGGUUUGCAUCAAGUAUCAAUCUUUGACGCCUAAAAAGAGGCAUUUGCUAUCCCUUCAAAUUCGGCAGCAGCAUUUUUGCAGAGUUAAAUAGAACUGCUAAGCAAAUUAAAUAACUGACAAUUAGCCGUAACCACAGAAACAGGCUAGAGGCAAAGAAGCCAAAACAAAACAUCAAAACCCGGCAAACAAAGAGGUCCUUUUUUCAACGCCAACAUUUUUCCUCCAUAUUCAAUAGUUAUGAGUCAUGUGGCCGUCGAAAAUGCCCACGGUCUAGAGCAGCAGCUUGCUGUCCUAGACUUGAGUGCUCCAGAUGGACAAGGCGGAGGGCGAUACAUUCCUCCACAUUUACGGAACAAAGAUGCAUCCAAGAAUGUGGGAAACGCUUUUGCUGCUGGACGACCAGGGGCCUACACCAUAGCGCCCGCAGCAAACUAUGGUUGGGAUGCAGGGCGCAACAACUUUGUCAACGGCUACCACGACAACCGCAUGACUGGCAACACGUUCAACCGCGGCCCGCCACGCAUGGAGCGGGGUCGGGGCGGCGUUGCGGGAGGCGGUUUCCGCGGCAACAGGGGGGGGUCAUUUAACCCCAUUACCCCGGCACAGCCCAUAAGCUUCGAUGCUGGUAGCUGGAACACAACCAAAGAAGCUUAUAGCAGCUUUGGCAACAACCGAGGAAAGUCUGCGUUCUUUAAUGACAGAGGCAACGCCAGCAGAGGAAGGUUCGAACACGGUGGAUUUGGUGGCGGCGGCGGAGGAGGAAACAGCCGCUGGGUGGAGGAGGCAAGGGACGAUGGAGACUGGUCCAAGCCGCUGCCGCGUAACGAACGCCUUGAACACGAGCUUUUCUCCGGCAGCAACACUGGGAUCAACUUUGAGAAAUAUGACGACAUUCCCGUUGAGGCCACAGGACAGAACUCCCCUCACCACAUCGACAGCUUCCAAGAUGUCGACAUGGGUGAGAUUGUUAUGAGCAACAUCGCUCUGAGCCGCUACACCAGACCAACUCCCGUGCAGAAAUAUGCCAUUCCUAUAGUGAAGUCCAAGAGAGACCUGAUGGCCUGCGCACAGACGGGAUCUGGAAAGACUGCAGCGUUCCUGCUUCCGAUUCUCAGCCAGAUCUUCACAGACGGACCCGGAGAAGCUCUGAAUGCAGCCAAAGCCUCAGGACAGGACAAUGGAAAGUAUGGCCGGCGUAAGCAGUACCCCAUCGCGCUGGUGCUGGCUCCAACCAGAGAACUGGCACUGCAGAUAUACGAUGAAGCCAGGAAGUUUUCUUACCGCUCCAAAGUGCGCCCCUGUGUCGUGUACGGAGGGGCAGACAUUGGCCAGCAGAUCAGAGACCUGGAGAGAGGCUGCCACCUACUGGUAGCAACACCUGGUAGAUUGGUGGAUAUGAUGGAGAGAGGCAAGAUUGGACUGGACUACUGCAACUACCUGGUCCUAGAUGAGGCAGAUCGCAUGCUGGACAUGGGCUUUGAACCACAGAUAAGACGCAUCGUGGAACAGGACACCAUGCCACAUAAAGGCAUCAGACAGACCUUGAUGUUCAGCGCUACGUUUCCUAAAGAGAUUCAGAUCCUAGCGAGAGAUUUUCUGGAGGAUUACAUCUUCCUGGCAGUGGGCAGAGUGGGUUCGACCUCGGAGAACAUCACACAGAAGGUUGUGUGGGUUGAAGAGAGCGAUAAGAGGUCUUUCCUCUUGGACCUGCUCAGUGCUACAGUAAUCCCCAGCGAGGUACAGGACAAUACUGGAGACAACGUAGAGAAACCCGGUAAGGACUCUCUGACCCUCGUUUUUGUGGAAACAAAGAAAGGAGCUGACGCCUUGGAGGACUUCCUGUACCGGGAGGGCUACGCCUGCACCAGCAUUCACGGCGACCGUUCCCAGAGAGACCGUGAGGAGGCCCUGAACCAGUUCAGAUCGGGAAAGUGCCCCAUUCUGGUUGCUACCGCGGUUGCAGCUCGAGGUCUGGACAUCUCCAAUGUGAAACACGUUAUUAACUUUGACCUUCCAAGUGACAUAGAGGAGUAUGUCCAUCGUAUUGGACGUACGGGGCGAGUCGGAAACCUGGGCCUGGCCACAUCAUUCUUCAAUGACAAAAACGGGAACAUCACAAAGGAUCUGCUGGAUAUCCUAGUAGAGGCUAAACAAGAGGUUCCCUCAUGGCUGGAGAGCUUGGCCUAUGAACACCAGCACAAGAGUAGCAACAGGGGGCGCUCUAAGAGGUUCUCUGGUGGUUUUGGAGCUCGGGAUUAUCGCCAGACAGCUGCUGGAGGCAGCGUAGGAGGUUUUGGGGGGCGAGGAGGACGCGGCCAGCAAGGACAUGGAGGAAACCGUGGCUUUGGUGGAGGUGGUUUUGGGAACUUCUACACAAGCGACGGGUAUGGAGGAAAUUACUCGCACUCACAAGUCGACUGGUGGGGCAACUAGGUGUCUCCAUUCCACCUUUACUCAUCUUUCUUUCCUUCUUUAAUGCCCUUUCCAUCAUUUCCCCAACCAUGUCAUCUACACCCCAUCCGUCGUGUCACCUCUAUUAUUCCCUAGAACCUACAUGCAUGUUAUUAAACUAUUUAUACUCAUUUAUAUAUCCCCUCCUUCUAGUCCCAGUCAGUCAUGUCUUUUAUUAUUAGCUUUAGAUUUCUAUUGUGCUUUCCAUCUACAUUUUGUCUUUUUUUUUUUUUUUUUUGAUCUCUCUUUAUGAUGGUGGCCACUUUUAUAAAGGAUUCUUGAGGUUUUUUUUGUGGUUACUUCCCAACGAAGUUGAAGUUGUUCUCAAAGCCCCAAGCAUAGGAUGCAUUAAGACUUACAGACAUCUCUAGGCAGGGCAGCAUCCUUUUUGUGAUCUUUUAGAUUUGAAGUUUGAGCUUCAUGUGUUUUUUGUUGUUUUGUCUCCAUUUACCCACAGUCAGGCAGGCUCCCUGUGUAACUUUGUAUUUAAUGCAUGGCCACGUUGUAAAUCACCGGCCAAAAACUUUCUAAAACAUGGAGCUGGGUGAGACGGCAUAGCAAAACGUUUCUGUAGAAAUUCAGACAUAGAAACUUUGUUCUCCUUCAUUUAAAUGGUAGAACAUCCAGUUUUUCCACUUUUUAAAGCAUCGAUAUUUGAGUUACUUUUGUCUGAUGAAGAAAACGACAAACUGGAUCACCCUACUAGUGAAACGUGAGUUUUGCCCACUAGAUGGCAGUUGUUAAAACUUGAUUUCUUCAGUUCCAACCAACAAUGUAGAGAAUCUUUUUGUUUCUGUACUGUGCCUUUAAGAAUUUUAAACUCUAUGUAUGUUGCUUUUCUCACUAUAAUACCUAACUGGCUGCAAGUAUAGUUUAAAGGUUACUGUAUUUAAUGUCAUGUGUGGGUUUAAACACGCACUUCUUCAUUCCCAUUUGGAUGGAAACAAACUAGGCUUGAACUGAAUCAAACCUUGGCAAAAAAAAAAAAAAAAAACACAAAACAAAAACUAAAACAGAUGAAAUGAGGAAAGUUAAAACUCCUCAUGUCCUCUAGAUGUAAAAUUCACCAGAAGUAUCUGAUGAACUGUUUCCCUGAAGUUUCCCUCUGCAAACACAUUUUCUGUGUAGGUGAAACUAUGCGCUCAGCUUGGUUGUAGGUUUUAUGGGAAAAUACUCUAGUUUCUUCGACCCGUGCGUCAAAUCCAGAGCUCUGGUCAGAGCUUGCGGCUUGGUUUCCCACAGCCUUUGUGUCACUAAUUGUUGCCCACAGACCAAAAAGAAUACUGUUUGUGCAUCAGCAGAAAUACCACUGACAGCAUUAAAGUUACUGUACCUGGUGAAACGGUUAAUGAAAGCAAGUAAAAGUUGGUCCAGGAGGCUCUCGGUAAUGUUAAAGUAUCAAAGUAAAUUUUGUGUUUCUUUAUCCGACUCUUAGUGUCAACAUACUCUUGGGAAACCGAAUCUGCUUCCACCUCAAACCUCAGUCUUGUUUUAUUUAUUUUUUUUUAAUACUUCUUGCAACUCUCAAAAGUAAGUAAAAAACAAAAAAACAAAAAAACAUGCUCACUCUAUCCUGGAGAGUUAAACGAAAAGCCUUCUCCUAAAUAAAUCUUUCCAGUGUUUUAUUAUUUCGUUCGCUCCUUGAAAUCUGUUGAAGUAUAAAGUGUUGGAAUUACUCGUUUUUACUGCAAUGACAACUGGGGCUUCCUGAAGAUGUAAUGCUGCGUUUCCAGAGCACAUAAUGGCCACAUGCUGCAGCGACUGACGAGCUGUGCACACUAAGCUACGUAUAAAUCUAAAUUUUGCCACCACCAUGCAUUAAAAACACCCACACCUUGUUUUUAAGGCCCAUUUUUUUUCCUAUGAAGGCACUGAACAGACAUACAGCUGCUACUCGCUGGCUGCAGGAUGUUUCCAAAUAUUGCACCAAACCUCAGGUUAGUGUCUGCUGAACAUUAGCCCUUCUUGAACUGGUAAAUGCACAGCCCAGUUCAGUGUGUCGCAGCAUGAGUCAGAGCAGCCACAAUGUGCUGGUGGAAAAGUUGCGUUCACGUGAGCAAUCUGAUCUCUGGGAAGUCCUGCUUAGCUCUGUUGCAGAUAGAAAUCUCAACGAGAAAGCCGACUCUGCACCUUAAAUAUCUACAUUUUAUUUACUUGAUGAAAAAUACAUGUAAAUAGUUUGAAUCUUAAAACAAAACAGAGGGGGAUUUCCACAGAAAGUGUGAAGGAUUAGGAGUGUGUAAAACUGGUCACUCAACAUGGACCAGACUGUCUGGAAAGCUUUGUUCAGUGGGCGGUGGAUCGAGAUUAAUAACGUUAACAGCAAAACAGUUCACUAAUUUGUGCUCAUAACUUCCUAAGUUGCCCACUGCCUCUGACAAAGCCAGACCAAGACAAUAAAACAUAUGCAAGUGUUGUUGUUUUUUUGGUCAAGAAGUUCAAAUACUGAGCAGACUGAUAUGAAUCUAAAGCAGGCUUUAGUGAUAAAUACCAGAUUUUCCAGUCCUGUUGCUUUUAUUUCUCUUCUGUUUUGACCUUUGAAUCAAAAAAUUUCCAGUAAUUGUUUAGCUCCAGUUCCCUCGCAUCUGUUCAGCCAGGAUGUAAUGAGUUUUCCAUUGAGUACAGGAGACAGCUGUUACAGGAUGCAACGUCGCACUCCACCAUGUCUUAUUAGUUGCUCUUUAGAUCCAUUUAUUUAAAAAACAAAAAAAACAACAAAAAUUUAGGCUCCAUUCUCAGCUUCAUUUGUCAAAUAAAUGGACCUUGAAGUCCGACUGAUUAUAUUAAGAGCUACAACACUUAGAGGUGGCUCAGUCUAAGAUUUUAGCCUAUCAGGGUUUUUCUUUCUUGCAGCAAUGGUUGAUAGUCUCCAUAUUAAAUUUCUUCAAAGAACAGCUGCUUGGUAUGAGCAAACAACCAGCACCGAGUUAGAAUCUAUAAAGGUACAAUAUGUUGCUAAUGACAAUCAACUGUAAAACAUAAACUUGAGUUUAAGUUGCAUGUUUAAUGAUUUGCGGUCAUCUCUACAUGCAGAAGUUUAGUCGUGCAGCUGCCCAACUUCAAACCGUGUCUACCACGAUGAUAAAAUUGACCGAAAUUGAGGACAAUCCUCCAAAUCCUCAACUUAGCCGACUCCCUGAAGCUAACCACUAUGUUGGGAAAAUUCUGCACAACCAGCCUCAAUCUUUGACCUUGCUGUGAGCUGCGUUACCGUUGAUAUAGUUAUUGUUUGAGUACGGAUACUGUUGGCAUUUGUUACUUGAAUCCAAAGCGGCUGCUGCAUUUAAGCAGGCUUUUCAUGCAGCCACUUACACUUGUGUAUUAUCAUAAAUGCUUGGAUCACGUCCCCUGAUUGAGAUCAGUGCAGGUUAUAGAAAUUGCUGUGCCUUCUACUGACCACUAGGGGGCAAUAAAGGAAUAAGCACUUUGUUGGCAGCUGCAUGUUUUGAUACAAUUGUUUUUGUAAAUGGUAACCAAUGGAAGAUAAAUGUUUAGUUUUUAGGUUGAUAGGCCACUCCUGUGAAAUAUUAGUCAGAUAUGCAAUGCAUGUGCGUCUUAAGAGCAAAAUUUACUGGUAGAUGUAUUUACAAACAAAAUCAAGCUAGAGCAACGCUUAAUUAACACUGUGCCCCAAAUCUCAAACCUUGAUAAUACUGCUGGGCACUAGAAUUUCUACCAAAGUGAAGUAAACUUCUGUUUGUUUAGAUUAUGUACUCAAAGAUUUUUAGUUUUUAAAACCUUUUUUCUUUGUCUGCUAAAUUUAAAUAAAAACUAUUAGCAGGUCGUGUGCUAAUGUAGUGUCCAAUUUCCAAAAUGUGCAUAGUGCCUUGUAAUGACUGAAUUACUGGUUCAUACAUUGGUUAGGGCUGGGUAUGUUUUCAGUUGGAUAUGAAAUCCAUACUCCUGCUCCCUAAAUAUAAAACUGUAGGUGUGUAAAUGUUACAUCUCUGCAUGUGAAUGUCACAGAUUGACUACCUCAAGGUACGAUCACAACAACCAGAGGGGCAUACAGAGAGCUUGUCUUCAUCAUGGCUGGUGGACUCAUUUCAUGCCUUUUUAACAAAAGAUAAAUUAGUUUCUCCUUGAGUUUCAUGAAUGUCAAUAUUGGUAGGUAAUGCGAUUACUGGUAGGUUUUGCUCUCAUACUACAAUAGAUUGUUUGUACCAUCUGCAGUUACUUGGCACAAGCUCAUUCAGACACAAAUCCGGCACAAACCAACAAAUUAAUUCCAGUGCUGCUCAAACAUUUACAUUUCUUAUUUUGUGUCGUUAAUGUUACAUUUCAAACAGAUUCUUGGCUUUUUAGCCACAUUUAUUCGGGAAUGUUGGUUGUCACGUUAAUCCUAGUCGUACCGGGCUGAUUCCUAGUGGCUUGCUAUAAUUUCCGGCAUUAUCAGCAACACAUAAAGCACUUUAAAAGAUUAAACAUCUGCUAAUCCCUGUUGUAUUGCUUGCUAAUUAGAAACUGCUAGCAUGCUAACAUGCUAAUGGCAGUCAUUGCAACCUGUAAAGCAUCGAGUUUUUACUGUUGACCUGUACCUAUGCAGAAUAGCAGGCAUUUAUUUUUUCCGCUCAGUGUUACUCUGGGUGCACUGGGAAGAUAUGACACUCGUUUUUUCUUUUAAAAUCCUCAUUUACAAAUCCAGCACUUUAUUUUUUAAUGUCGUUUCUAAAACCCAUUGAUGCCUUAUAUUAGUGGUGGAUACCCAGCCCUAAGGGAGCAGAUAGCUAAGUUUGUUCCUGAUGCGCUCAUCAUGUACGCUGAUGACUCUGUGCUCUCUAAGUUAUUAGCAGGAGUUGCUUUCAAAGACAUGAAGAACAAUUAAUGGUGCUAUGCUCCCAUUGCUGCGGCCUGCAGGCCUCCCUGUUGUAAAAUAACUUUAAAUCCCAACAGAGUUUUGCAGAAAAUACUGUUAGGUUAAAGCUUGUUUAUGUUGAGUCUAAUGUAGCACACGUCCUUGACGACUCUGAGAGGUUUUACGACUGAAAGUCUUCGUCGUGUAGCACAGUCAGGCAAGGUUUGCCCACAGUUUAAUGUGGCUUGUUUGUUGUAAGCAAAGGUCCUUUCAGAUAGGAAACAGUUUCUAUUUUAUUUUAUUUUUUUCAUGGGACCAGGUGGAGCUCCAGUCAACAGCAACUGUAGGAUUCAACUGUUUGCCGAGUUCUUGAGUCUACUUUCGCUGCUAGUUUGUGUAAUUUAUCAAGCAUUUUUGGGGCGAUAUGUUUAUUUUUAUAAGCCUAAUACAAAAGUUGAUGUUUUACAAAGUGACUUGACCAAAAGACAGUAAACAAAAACACUGGCACUUGAAUGUUGAAUGUCAUUGGUAUGAGUGGGGGAAAAAAAGAAAUCUCUAUUUUUCUGGGGUAGUGUGAGCUUUUUAAUGUAAAAAGAUGCAAUGAGUGGGGGUUUCACACUCAUUAUGUCACUGUAACAGGAAGUGCUGGUUUGUGCUUUCUUUUAAAGAGUGCCAAAAUCACUCGUUUAUUUCCAUAUUUACAUGUGGAACCUGAGGCAUUCAGGUACCUCUUAAAAAAAAUCCCCCCCCUCCUUUCUUCAGAAUCACCCUAAAACCAAAGUUUUAGUUUAUUACCAUCACUGUUUGUGUAUUUAAGGUUGAUAUUAGGAGUCUUGGCCAUAGCAUGUUUAUUAUAAUCAAAAAUUUAAAGUAAAAAUGUCCUAAAAUAAAAAAUAAAUAAAAAACUCGAUGAAGUUAAGCCAAAAUUAAAACGAGGACUGCAUAAAACCGUGUCUUUGUCAACAAUAAUAUUACAAGUGAAGCACUGGCCGUCGUAUCGCACGUUACUGUGACAUAUGAAGUGAAACGCCCCGCGCAGGUUACCUUAAGUCAUAUUUAUGAUCCAUAAACCUGUUAGUGCGACAGGCUCCGUCGCUAAUAUUAGGAAGAAAUAAUCUUUAAUUGGCAAACAGAUUUGAUUAAAUUCCAAAUAUGCCAAGGUUUGGAUUAAAAAUAAUUAAAAUAUGAUUAAAGACCAUUUUGUAAAAAAAUAAAAAAUAAAAUAAAAAAAAUAACAUGCAGUACAAAAAAAGGAUCAAGAUUCUCUUCAAGUCAGUUUUACUUUUUAGUGUCUUUUUUUUUUUUGUGGGAUUGUAUUCGUUUUCCUCGUUGUUAAAACCCUCGUUGUGAAUGUUUGGCAAGUGGCCGUCUUUAAAGUCUCCAUCACGCAGAGUUGACUGUGGUUCUAUUGCUAUGUUGUUGUGAUUUGCAUAUUUUCAGGCAACAGUGCAUUAAUGCUGACACAGGAGUUUCUGGCCAGUCAGGAAAAAAAAUUGGCUUUUUUUUUUUUAACACUUUGUUUUUUUUUUGAGCAAACUAAUUGCACAAGAACAACCUUGUUGUGACUUUCUCUGUUUAAAAAGACUGCAAAUAAAUAAAGCGGAAGUAUGUUUAUGAAUGAUUGUUUUAGCGGGUGGGUUUAAAAGACUUGGGAGUCCAGUGCUGUCUUCAUUACUGAUUGGCCAGACCACUCGAUGUGAUCUAGCAGAAGCACCAGCCUGGUAGUUAGUUAGUAUUUGCUUUAUGUAUUAGUUUAGCAAGUGUGCAUGAAGAGCACUGCACGAAGAAAAAAAAAAAAAAAAACUGUGCAACUAUUCCGAUUUUACCACAAUUAAAGGUUUGGAUUUGCAGAUGUGA